UUGCACAAAGUGUAUAUUUAACAAACAUAGGUGUGAGACGCGGCAUAACAAAAUGGAUACAGAGUUUCAGAAACCGAUUUCUGAGGUUUUAUAUACAAAAACAACGUUUGAAACGUGUAGUUCCGAUGGUAAACCAAAGAAAAGUGCGCUUAAACCAGUACCACCUCCGAAACCUCCAUCGGAAAUGGUUUUUAAAUCUGGUGAUGGUGAUUUGAAGACGAAAUCCACAGGUAGUUGCGUAAAAUUUCAAGAAGGUGUAUAUUAUCCGAAUAACACAGGAACCCAACUUAAUUUCAGCCAUGAGGAUAUAGGACUUAUGAAAGCGCUGUCGAUCUCUAAGAAGAAACCAAAAGAAGAAGAGAAAAAAGAAGAAUUAGUUGGUGAAACAAUUUCUAAAAAUACUGAGCCAGAAAAAAUGGGAACUUUAAGGCCAAAAAGCCCAAAACCAAUCGUCGAACCCAAACCCAGCAAAGACGAAUCAAUUUGGGAUAAAUUGGGAACUUUGGGACGAAAAAAAAACGUAUUAAAGAAGGUAGUUCAAGAAGUUCAGACCGAAGGAAAAUACGCUAUAGACUCCCCAGGCUAUGCAACAGCCCCAUCAAUUUCGCCUGAGGACUAUAACUUAGAAGAAAAUGAGGAACGAUGCGUUAUAGAACCAAACGUCACUGGAACAAAAUUUCAGGACUUAAAUUUUGUCCUCAUUGAGUGGAUUAAUGACGAACUUGCCUCACAAAGAAUCAUUGUUCAGGAUCUUUCAGAAGAUCUUUAUGAUGGCCAGGUGUUGCAAAAAUUACUUGAGAAACUUACAGGAGACAAGUUGGACGUUCCCGAAGUAACUCAAAGCAGCGAAGAAGCAAAACAAAAGUUGGCUGUUGUUUUGGCACAUUUUAAUCAAAUUUUGGGUGUGUCCAGAUCCAGACGUAAUAAAUGGAGUGUCGAGGCAAUUCAUUCAAAAAAUAUAGUUGCCAUAAUUCAUUUAUUGGUUGCCCUUGCUAGACAUUUUAGACCUCCGGUAAGACUUACUGAAAAUGUCACGGUAAAUGUACGGGUGGUGAAAAAACAUAAAGGCCAGUUAGUCCAUCAGUUGGUGCGAGAAAACUUAACCACAGAAUAUGAUGACGUUGGUAUGAGAUGUGAGAGAGAUGCUUUUGAUGCUCUGUUUGAUCAUCCUCCAGAAAAACUUCAAAUUGUUAAAAAGUCUUUGGUUACAUUUGCAAAUAAACAUUUGAACAGGAUGCAUUUUGAAAUAACAGAAUUGGAAACUCAGUUUCAUGAUGGGGUUUAUUUGGUAAUACUUAUGGGUCUACUGGAAGGAUUCUUUGUGCCACACUAUGCUUUCCACUUAACACCUCAAGAAUUUGAUGAGAAAGUGCACAAUGUUAACUUUGCUUUCGAACUGAUGGAAGAAUGUGGUUUAAAAAGGCCAAAAGCUCGACCAGAAGAUAUUGUUAAUAUGGAUUUAAAAUCAACACUGCGUGUCUUGUAUAACAUAUUUCAAAAAUAUAGAACCAUUGUUUAAUAGAAAUUUCAAAAGUCAGAAAAAUGCAGCUUUCUAUUAGUGCCUUUGAGAUAAUUUAUUGUGCCUAUAGUCCUAAACAUUUUGAUCUAAAAGAUAUUUGUAUUAAUAUUUAAUUUUUAAAAUAUGUUUGUUUGUAUGUUUAUUUAUAUUUUUUAUAAAUUACAAGAAGUUUUUUAAUAACUUACUAAUAUUUUUAUAGUUAUAAUAAGAUAUAUUUACAUGUUCUAUAAUAUAAAAAAAAUAAAAUAAAAAAAACAUUUAACUCACAGA